UCCUCUUCCCCCACUAUCAUCACCAGCAUUCAUCUCUCUAGCAAAGUGUAGUGCAUUCCUCCCCACUCUUCACUAGCGAGAGUUGCUACCAACCAAAUUCUUCAAAUCAUAAGCAUGGCCAUCAGAAAAUCAAGCAGCAAGCUCCCACAAGCAGCCGUGAUAAAGCAAAUCCUGAAAAGAUGCUCGAGUUUGGGAAAGAAACACGGGUACGAUGAAGAUGGGCUGCCGCUUGACGUGCCUAAAGGGCACUUUGCCGUUUAUGUAGGCGAAAACAGGAGCAGAUACAUUGUGCCCAUUUCAUUUUUGACUCAUCCAGAGUUCCAGUGCCUUCUUCGACGCGCCGAGGAGGAGUUUGGGUUUGAUCAUGACAUGGGCCUCACCAUUCCUUGCGAAGAAGUUGUUUUCCGAUCUCUAACAUCAAUGCUCCGGUGAAAUUAAGAGAGAGCUUGCUUAUAAUAUAAUAGUAGGCUAGUAGUAUAAUCAAGUGAUUAACCGGUGAUCUGUUUGGUGAAUGAGGAGAGAUGGCACAAGACGAAGCUAGCAGCAGUAGUAGCUAGUCUCAGCUUCUCUUUUUUUAGCAUCUCUUCUCAUCAUCUAUGGCAUUGUUGGAUUUUUUUUUUUUUUUUGGGGGAACCCAUUCUGGGGUUCUUGAUUUAGUGUUUCUUGAUUUAGUGAAGCUAACACCAUACCCAAGAAUUUAUUUUCUGGGUUAAAAUUGUACUAUAAAUUAAUUUGUUAUGAAACUUUUCCUCGCAGAGGCGUUUUUUCAACACCCUGCGAGAGAAUUCUUGUGGAAAUUAAAGGCCAAAUUAGCAA